AUGGUGGUUGCGGAAAAUGACCAUACGCCAAAGCUUCUUGAUCAGAUCCUCUCCGUCCUCGUCCAGCGGACCCUCGAGUUCCUCGACCAGCUCCUGCGGCUUGCUGUGCUUGCGCAGGUGGUCCACCACAACGUUGACCAGGAUCUCCUCCUGCACGCCCAGGCCCUCCUUCUCUGUUGGGAUCUCUUGUGCCAAAGCCCGGACCGCCUUCUGUACCUCCUCCUCUGUCAUCGUUUGACCAGCAGACAGUGGCUCGAACUUGAUAGGCACCAGCUUGCGCGUCUUGCCCUCCUGCUCCUCGUCGUCCAGCAGACCCUCGACGUCUGCAAAUGUCCGCCUUGUUGCCGGAGCCCGCGUCGUUUGAGCCUUUUGUGCUGCUGCACCGAGAGAGAUGGUGAAACGCUGCGGCGCUGCAGCUGGUGCUGCCUCCUCCGGUUGCCGGAUGUCCAUUUCGCGCUCCUGCUGCUCCAGGAAAGAGUCGGCCAUACCCCGGGCACGCUCCAUCUGGGCCUCCUCGCGCCGUUUUUCGUCCGCCUCCGCCCGUCGGUCUGCAUCGUCUCGCGCCCUCUCCUCGGCCAACACGUGCGCCCGACGCCUUGCCCAAGCACCCCUGUCGCGGUAGUAAAGGUGACUGCUCUUGUGUUUCCCGCUAGCUUCGUCCUCGGCGAGCGAGCGAUCCCUCUCAAGCUGAUCAGCUUUGCGCCGCGCCGCGUUCUCCACAUCCGCGCGAUCACGCUCUUGCUCUCGGUCCAAUGCAGCUUGUCGUGCCCUCUCACGGUUCGCCCACUUGCGCUCCGCCUCCAAAUAGAGCUUAUCGUCUUCAGCUUUUUGCUUCGACACUUCACGUCGGUGCAACUCCUCGUCUGAUGCAUCAGUGUCGUCGUCUCGCCAGUAUUGACCAUCUCCGUUAAUGGCGCCGCCGUUGACAAAGUUGACAGAAUUGGAGCCACCUCCCCUCGCGGUACCAUUUUGUCCCCUGGGCCCUGAGGGUGCGUUGGGGACGCGUGAAUCUGAUGGUGGCGACUCCAUACCACGCUGUGCCCGCAGAGCCCUACCGCUACGUAUGCGCUCCGCCUCCUCCAUUUCCUCCUCUUUCCGCAGUCGCUCCUGGUCUCUCUGGUUACUUCGUUCUCGAAAGGCGGCGAUUUCGGCUGCCACAAUUUCUCUCAUCUCGGCUGGAAUUUCUGCCAGCUCGUCUUCUUGAGCCAGAGGUAUGUUGAUGACCUCGACGUCUCCCUGUGCGGUUUCGCCCAUUGUGACGUCGCCGUCUCCGUCUUUUGUGGUCUUUUGCUUGGGGAGAAACAUGUCAUCCAGGACCUCCUUUAGCUUUCCUUCGGCUGCUGCAAGCCUAUUCUUCGCCUCGGCUUCAAAGUCGUCACCUCUGUCUUCCUUGUAGUGCUCAAUAUACUUCAUAGUAGCUUCGUCGACGACCACAGCAAGCUUCACCUUUUCAAUACCUUUGUAGGGGCCAUCAUCAACAUUCUCCUCCUUCUUCUCCCCAUCCUCCUCGGCAGGUUCUGUUUCUGACUUGGCUGGUGCGGACUCUGUCUUCUGUUCAGCACCAUCUUUCGCCUCGCCGGGUUCCUGCUUCUCUUUCGGGACGUGGAGAUCCUUCAAAAGCGCGACAGCGGUCAUGAGAGAGUCGGCAUCAUCGUAUUGAGCAAACCCAAAGACCUGGUCCUUGUUCUCGGAUAGUUGCGAUUUGGCCGAGUCCCACCGCCGCAGUUUCCCCGCGGCAUUGAGUAUCCUCUGCAGACCCGCCUCGCCGCCAACUCCAGCCGGCACUUUGUGCACAAACAGAGUUCUGAGCUUCUCUUCCGGCGUCGGCUGCAUCAAGUUAUGUAUGCUCUCCCGCAGAUUCUGCCUCGCCUGCUCGAGACCGCGAUCGUGACCAAACCCUUGCCUGCCGCCGCCCCGUGCACGGUCCCUAUCCCCAUCGCGUUCUGCUCGCUCGGAUGCCGGCGUCUCGGGCUCCCCUCGUCGGUGGUGGCUUCCUGGUGGACCGGCGGGACCGGUAGGCGGACCGCCACCUGGUUUAUUCGGUAGUGAGGACGUCGUAGAGCCGAGUCGGAUCACGGGAGCGUUGAAAUUGAUGUUCGGGAGAUUGGCGGGUGGCUGGAAUGAAGGGGGAACGCCGGCUGGUCGAUUAGCCUGGAUGGGAUUACUUUGAUGGAGCUGUUGGACACCCGGAGGGGGGGCCAUACCAGGGGCGGAGGACAUGCCUGGUGGCGGGCCUGGGAUCGAAUGUUAAUUGACCGAUGUUUAUUUGCAGGCGAGGGACGAUCAACGCGAUGAAGAGCUUCCUUACCUAGACCUGGAGGAGGGGCCAU